UUAUAAGUGGGUAUAAAAAGGAGCCCAUCAUGACUACUCUUCCUUUCAUCAAUAAAUUCACAUCUGUUAAAAAGUUUAUAAACAAAAUGAAGCAUUUAAAAUCAAUGUUAUUCAAGCAAAGCUCUUUGUGGAAUCAUGUCCCAGUUAGAUUUGGGAGCUUUUACUUGCCGUUGCACGACAGAUACAAGGGUUUUGAUAACUCUAUAAAUCAAAUAAUUGAUGAAGUUAGAAAAGAAAGGAAGUAUUUACAUUUAAUACCAAAAAUCGAAAAUAAAAUACAAUUGGCCACUAAAUUCAAUGUAGCUGGUGGAAAUAAUAUCAGCUCUCAGAUCAUGUUAAAUUCUUUCGAAAUGAUUGAAAAUCCAGAAAAUAUUACCGCUGAGACCAUCAACCAGGCUUUUGUGCUAGCUUGGGCGGCGCAAAUGACGGAGGCACAUCAAAAGAUAUCAGAAGAAGCAAAACUCGGUCCUACAGCGUCAAAACAAAAACAUUCUGAAGUUGCUGUAAAAGAUGGUAAUUUGCUCCGAAGUUUUAUGUAUGCUAUGUUAGAACAAAAGUUCCAGAACACAAAAAAAUAUAGAGACAUCUUACAACUAUUCAACAAGGCUUUCCUUUACGGAGUGAUUAGCCAGUAUCAAAACAAUCCUAUAAAUAUAACGAAUAAAUGUGCCAACAUAAAUUCUAGUUAUUACCAAAUGUUAUGUGAUUACAAAGUUUCAUUUAUUUAUUUCGAACUUCCACUUUUACUGGCAAUGAAACUAUCUAACAAAACUGACGUGAAUCUGCAGGAAAAUGUGCACAAUAUAUGCUCGCAAAUGGGCAUGUUAUAUCAAAUUCAGGAAGACAUCCAAAACUGUUUUGGAGAUGAAACCAUUAUAGGGACGGAAGGCACAGACAUCCAAGAGGGCAAAUGUACCUGGCUGGCAGUUACAGCGCUGCAGCGCUUUACUCCUCAUCAGAGAGUAGUCUUCGAGGCUUGCUAUGGUAGCGACGAGCCUGCUCACAUCGAGCGCGUCAAGCUGCUUUAUAAGCAGAUGCAGUUGGACCAGUUGUUGCGAGAAGAAGAAGGCGCCCUCUAUGAAAGCAUAAUGCAAAAUUCUGAAAUGGUGGAGAAAAGUGGAAUCCCUUGUAAACUUUUCGAAAAUCUGCUGGAAGCAAUACGCAAUCCAUUUUAAAAUUGGAUAAUUUCUUUAAUGACCCGUGAAAACUUAAGCUAAUAGUGAAGAUUUUUUUUAAAAUAAAAUGGUGACUUUGUAAA